AUGAGGCAUGGCUUUGAUCAGGACUACAAUUCCGCCAACUUCCUCAAUUUAUUGGCCAACACCUUCUACAUCUACUUCGACGAUAAGCGCCAUAACACCAACGGAAACCCCAUCACUCCGGAAAUGAAGCAGACCCCCAAGUACUUCCGCAACUACCAGCCCAUCACCGACUGGAAAGUCAUGAAGGAGCGCCAGAAGACCAUCAGCGCUGUGCUCGUGUUGUGUCUCAAUCUAGGAGUGGAUCCACCCGACAUCAUGAAGACCUAUCCGUGUGCCAAGUACGAAGCGUGGUGCAACCCGACCUCGUUUCCAGACACCAAGAAGGCCAUAGACUCCAUUGGAAAGAACCUCCAGUCCCAGUACGAAACCUUGUCAUUAAGAACCAGAUACAAACAGUCGUUGGACCCAUGCGUGGAAGAUGUCAAACGCUUCUGUAACACCUUGCGCAGAAACGCCAAGGAUGAACGUAUUUUGUUCCACUACAACGGCCAUGGUGUCCCUCAGCCCACUUCCAGUGGUGAGAUCUGGGUGUUCAACCGUGGCUACACCCAAUACAUCCCCAUUUCUCUUUACGACUUGCAAACAUGGUUGGGGGCCCCAGUGAUAUUUGUGUAUGAUUGCAACAGUGCCGGCAAUAUCGUCCACAACUUCAAAAAGUUCGUUCAGAAGCGGAUCGACGACGACAACGAGGGAAACCACGACACCAGUGCCCCAUCGCCUACUUCUGCUUAUUUGGACUGCAUCCAAUUGGCUGCCUGUAAAAGUAAUGAGCUUUUGCCCAUGAGUCCCGAUUUGCCAGCUGAUUUGUUCACGUGUUGUUUAACCUGUCCCAUUGACAUCAGUACGAAAUGGCUCAUCAUGCAGAGUCCAUUGAAGAAAAACUACUAUUCCCUUCUCCCCAAAAAUUCAGUAGGAAAUGUGAUUAUCCCAGGUAAAUUGACUGAUAGAAGAACUCCUUUGGGUGAGUUAAACUGGAUUUUCACGGCCAUCACUGACACUAUUGCCUGGACUUCAUUGUCAAGGCCAAUCUUCAAAAGACUCUUUAGACAAGAUUUAAUGGUGGCUGCCUUGUUUAGAAACUUCUUAUUGGCAAAAAGAAUCAUGCCUCAUAUGAAUUGCAACCCCAUAAGUGACCCUCCCUUACCUGACUCGGUAAGAUUUCAUCCUAUGUGGGACUCUUGGGACUUAGCAAUUGAUCAAGUUUUCUCUCAGUUAAUCAAAAACAAUAAUUUAACUCAAUCAUCAUCUCAGUCUAAAGUUUCAGCUCAAUCAAGUGCAGUCAGUACUACUGCAGCUGCUACAGCCGCCACUACCCCUGGAAUUAACCAAAACCUUACAAAUUAUCAGCAUUCUACCUUCUUUGAACAACAAUUAACUGCAUUUGAAAUAUGGUUGAAGUACGCAGGAGCCUCAACAAAAGAUCUUCCAGAACAAUUACCAAUUGUUCUCCAAGUUUUGCUUUCCCAGGUUCAUAGAUUAAGGGCAUUAAUCUUGUUGUCUAAGUUUCUUGACCUUGGUCCAUGGGCAGUGUACCUCUCUUUAUCCAUUGGUAUAUUUCCAUAUGUUUUAAAGCUCUUACAAAGUCCAGCACAGGAGUUGAAGCCUGUCUUGAUUUUCAUCUGGGUUAGAAUUAUGGCUAUUGAUUAUAAAAGCACACAGCAAGAAUUGUGUAAGGACAAAGGGUAUAACUACUUCUACCUAAUCCUCAAUUCGAGCCCAGUGAAUCCAAUUGGUACCCCAGGUGCUCCAGGUGCUCUAGGAACCCCAGGUGCCAAUGGUGCCAUCAAUAGCAACAUUCUCAUUAAUGAUGACCACAAGGCUAUGAGUGCAUUUAUCUUGACACUCUUUAUUAAGGACUUUAAGAAUGGCCAAAGAUUAACUUUCUCGAUUGAAAUUAUCAACAACUGCUUGAAGUUCAUCCUGAAUAGUGAAAAUCCGUUGUUAAGACAAUGGUGCAGUUUGUUGCUCUCCCAACUUUGGAAUAAAUAUCCAGAUGGUAAAUGGAUUGUGCACAAAGACGGAUAUUUAAAUAAAUUGUUAACGUUGGUUAACGAUCCUAUUCCAGAAGUGAGAACCUCCAUCAUUUUAGCAAUCACCAACUUUUUGAGCGAAGACACUCCUCCUCAAGCUCAACCACAACAGCAAACUCAAAAGCAACCUUCACAGGUGCCAUAUGGCACAUCUGAUAUCAGACGAGAUGAAAUAAAGCAACAAGACUUGAAACUUGCAAAUACUAUAUUGAUCUUGUUGGGAGAUGGAUCACCUAUGGUUCGUAAGGAGAUCGUCUAUUUUAUCAAUAGAUUCAUCACAAUUUAUUUCAAAUUCUUCUUAGUUGUUUCAUUCAAUCAAUUGGAAGAAGAAAUCGUUUUGAUUGACAACUCAAACUAUCUAAAUGACUUUAGAAAGAGAUCUCCUGCUUAUGGUUCCAUUUUUAGUUCCAUCUGGAAGGCAUUGUUGAUCUUGACAGAGGAUCCACACCUUGAGGUCAAACAAUUAGCAGAGAUAUUAGUUGAUUCAGUUAUGGUGAAAUUAAAUGAAAGUGAAUUGGGUCCACUCGUCAAGGAAAUGCAGGAAUACUUGUUGAAUAAGUCCACAAUCAACAUCAGUAAGAGUUUCCAACCUAACAAGCCCAUUAUAAACCAUCAAUUUGGUAAUGGUCAAAGAAGACAAGUUUCAACAAACUCUGUCCAAAACAGAAAGAAUAAUUCUUUGAUGAUCAAUGGAUCUUCAAUCGCUACCAGAUCUGCAUCAACGAACGACCUUAAUUCGCAUCUCAGGGAUGAUGAUAAGUCGGACACUGAAUCAAUCUCCUCUAAAAUUAAAAACAUGUCGUUCACUAAAAUUUUUAGCUCGUUGAAGAUCAACGAAGAUAAUGACUUGAAAACCUUCACCAGAAUUCUUAAUUCGGGGCCAGUUCAGACUAACUAUGGAAGUGAGUACAAGCCCAAAACUCCAUUUUAUAAACCUAGAGAUCUCUCUAAGCAACCGUUCUUAAGCAGCGAAUCGGGAUUUUUCGAGUACAGUUGCGAGUACUUCCAAGAACCUCAGAUGUCUAAGAAUGAAAUUGAUGAGCCAGGAUCCAAGGAGUAUGUUCAGAGGUUGUGGAGACGGAACAGAAACGAGUCAAUUAUCCAAGAGACUCAACCACAAAAGGAAUUGGCUAUCAGAGGCGACUGGACCAAGGUUACUACAACCUUGAACAAUAAAGUUCAGCCCAAAUUGAUCAAGUUCACCCAGUUUGAAAGGAUAUUGGUUGCCAGUGACGAAAAGGACAACGUUACCGUUUGGGAUUGGGAAGAUAACAAGGUGAUCAAGAAAUUCUCCAAUGGAAAUCCGUUUGGGACCAAAAUCACGGAUAUGAAGUUUCUCAACGAAGACGACUCUCCAUUGUUGCUUGCAGGCAGUUCCGAUGGUGUGAUCAAGAUUUACAAAAACUUUCACAACCAUGAAGAGGUCGAGGGCGAUGGGGCAGGCGCCCAUUAUGGAACCGGUGACACUAGAGACGAUGAUGAGAGGAAAAGAAUCGAGUUGGUUGCCUCAUGGAGAGCGUUGACCGAUCUACUCCUCACAUCCAAGAGUUCUGGUUUGAUAUCAGAAUGGCAGCAGUCUCGAGGCUCGUUGUUGGUCAGUGGAGAUGUCAAGAUCAUCCGGGUAUGGGACGCUCCUCGUGAGUUGUGCUUGGUGGACAUCCCUGCCAGAUCGUCCUCGUCGAUCACCUCCUUGACCUCGGACCAGGUUGCAGGAAACAUCUUCAUUGCCGGGUUUGACGAUGGCAGUUUGCGAGUAUACGACAGAAGACUCGACUCGCGUGAGUCCAUGGUCAAAACCUGGCGCAGCCACAGGGGCCAGGGGCCCCAGGGCAAGCCUACGGGGUCAGGAUCCAUCAGACAGGUGCACAUGCAAAGAGGAGGUUACCGAGAAUUGGUCAGUGGCUCGUCGGACGGCUACGUCAAUCUCUGGGACAUCCGUGCCACGGACCCCGUGUUGUCUUACAACACAGGCGAGAAGUCGAUGCGGUGCAUGAACGUCCACGAGCACGCUCCCAUCAUUACCACUGGUUCCAAGACUGUUAAUCUCUGGACCACUGCUGGCGACUUGCUCUCGACGUUGAAGAAUCCCCACGAUAACUACUUGAGCAACCGGACUUCCAACUACUUGUCGACCACCACCUUCCACCCCCACCGGAUGAUUCUCGCUACCAACUACAACCAGGACGGCCACAUCAACAUCUACCGGUGUCGCGACACCAUUCCGGAGUACUAA